UUGACCCUCGUAUAGUUGUAAAGCGAUCCAGUUGGAGUUGCCUAACUGUAAAAGUUGUAGUAACUAGUCGUAAUUAUUGAUUGUUUGAUCCGCUAACAGUACGUUAGCAACUAUUCAUAGAUAGCAAAACGUAAACAGUUUCGGAAUCGAGGAAAAAAUGGCUCAGGACAAAUUUGAUUUACGAAAAGUGCAUGACAGCUUCGAACUUUGCCUGGUUGGCAACAACGAGGAAGAUGUUUUGCUGGAUCCGUAUUUGGAAGCGUUCAAGGAACUCUACAAAUUUUUCUCGCUGAUGGGAACCGUGUUUGGAUUCGUCAGCAGUGACGUCAAAGAAAAGGUGGAGAUCCUGGAGAAGCUUCGUAAGCACGCGGACCAUGGCGAGCACUUUGAAUCGGUGCAAAGCAUGAUGAACUACGAACAGGACGGCAGCUUGCUCACUAAAAAGGAUUAUGUUUCGGGCAGUCGGACAUUGUUACGGCUUCAUCGAGGACUAGACUUCAUUUACCUAUUUCUGAAACGAUUGGGUGAGCUGGAGAGCGCGAAUGCUAAUACCUGUGCCGUCUGUCAAACGGCUUACAACGAAACGUUGGCCCAGUACCAUCCAUGGUUGAUCCGAAAGGGGGCCGUCAUGGCCAUGUAUGCCAUGCCCAGUCGGGACCAGCUGCUAGAAAAAGUGUGCUUGGAUGCGAGCGUGGCGAUCAAGUUACUGCCGGAGAUGUUGACCGUGGCCCGUCAAGUGUACGAUAGGACGCAGGAGCUUUACACAAAGUAUGAUCUGCACGGUCUGCCGUAGGGAAAGAUCAAGUGUUGAGCAUCACUAUACUUAUUGCGAAAGACAGGACCAUGCUAGACGAUCAUUGAUUUUCGAGUCGAUUGUACAAGUUUUAUUUUAGGCCUUCAUUGUGAUAGCUGAAGUAUUUUAUUUUCAUUGUUUUAAGUUGUACCUAGGCAAAUGUUGAUAUCAAUUUUGAAAGUGUU